AUGAGGCUGGUCCAGAUCAUGCUGUUCCUCCUGGGCUACUUGGUGUCCCUGACAGGGAAGCUCCUCAUCGUCGCCAUCACCACCCACGACCGGCACCUACACACCCCAGUGGUCAUCAUGGAUGAUGGGGCCUGUGGUAAAAUGGCGGCUGCCUCGUGGCUCUUUAGCGCACUGAGGGCCAUGAUGUACAUCAUCAUCACCUUCUCCUUCCCCGUCUGGAGGUCCAACGUCCAAUUGGAAAUCUCCAGGAAUUUUUUGACAGAAAUCGUCUCAGUCGGCCUCACCUUCCGUUAUUUCCUCACAAUCGUCAUUUCAUACGCGCCCAUCUUCCGGGCCAUGCUGAGGAUGCCGACCGUCGAGGGCUGGGACAAAGCUUUCCCCACCUGCCUGCCCCAGCUCGCCAUCAUGACUUUAUUCACCGUGGUAUCCCCUGCCCUGAAUUCCCUCAAUUACAGCCUGAGGAGCCGGGACACGAAGGUCAUCAUGGACAAAGGGGCCUGGGGAAAGAUGACCGCCACCUCGUGGCUCAGCGGGGGCAUAUUCGGGGUGAUGUACACAACAGGAACAUUAACACUGAGCUUCUAUGGCUCUAACUUGAUCCAACAGUUCAUCUGCGACAUCCCUUUCUUACUGAAGAUCUCCUGUUCCCGAAACUUUGAUAAUUGCUUCCUAUAUUCCAGGAAUCUGUCAGUCCUCGACCUCUACUACAUCUCUGCCACCGUCCCCAAAUCCAUCCUCAACUCCCUGAUCAAUAACAGAUCUAUCUAUUUCAGAAGCUAUGUGGCCCAGGUCUUUUUGGUGGUUCUGUUUGCCGAUUCAGAGCUGUUCAUCUUCACGGCGAUGUCCUAUGACCGCUUCGCAGCCGUCUGCCGCCCCCUGCGCUACAAUGCCAUCUUUGACUAA